GGUGAUAGCCAGAUCAAGCAAUAUCAACAGCCAAUAACGAAUUUUAGAGACCUCAAAUUUGAUCGUUUUCAAAUCAGUAAUGGAACGAAGUGCAGAGACUAAAGAGGAACCUGGCAAAUGCAGUAAGUAACUAGUAAUUAUCAAGGUAUAGGUCACGUGUUAGGCGUCACGUGUACAUUAUGCUAAGCAGGUUAGCCCUUGCGUGGAGCGGCCAUGUUGGAGUUGUGAUUAAGUGUUAAGAAAGUAAAACAAUAAUAUCUAAGUGGUUUUACAAGUGAGUAAAGGUAGUAAAUAAUAAUAAUGAUUAUAAUAAGUAACACUGGUUUUAAAACCUUUCAUAGAUUGUUUUCUCUUUAUCAAGAAAACAUUUGAUGCUUUUGGCUUUCCAGUUUACUAAUUACAUCUUCCAUGCGUUUUACUAGCAGCGAAAGCAAAUGAGCGAGAAACCCCGUAGUCACUGUUUGGGUGCCACCUGCUUAAAGCUGAAAUUUGGCGGACGAGGGUGAUGUACUCUCCCCAGGUCUCUGCAUCCACGACCGCCGUAGUAGAGGUUUCUUAAAGCCCCUAUUAUCAUGCGCGGGGUUACUUCCUUGGCGAUGGAGCCGUUGACUUGUUCCCCCAAUCUUCUCUCGGCUCCACCGUCAAAAAAAAGCAUUGGCCCGCUAAUCUCGACGGUUACCCAGGCUAGAUCACUACUUAAAAAACCAAAAUCGUUUUUCAGAGGCUCAUUAUUGCGUGGACGAAGACGACAAACGGUUUGAACCAAUGUGCAGCCACCCACUGAACGGUCCAGGAGUUAAUGGCUUGAUGAUGGGGAAGGACGAAUGCACGAGUCCCUCUGGAUUUUACGAUUUGGAAAUACCUAUCAACAAAACUUUGCCAUGUACAGACACCAAGAUGCGAGACACCAACUGCAAAGAUCUGGAUGUAAGUUUCAGUUUUACGAGUCUCGCGCAAGUUGCACGAAAGUGUCAGGUGAAAGAAAAAGAGUUGUUCUGUUGAUGUUAAGUGACGUCUAAAUUUCUCCGUGCGGCUUUGUUUGCAAACCCGGCGAACACGAGGAUAGUUAAUGUUAACGAAAUUCGGGUUGAACAUGAGGCCAUUUUGAGACUCCGACUCCGAAAACGUAUAUUCUUACUUUUCUCGAAAAAAACAAAUUCAGAUUACUUAUUACUGGCCUAAGAGCUAUAACAGAGAAAGAACAAAACCCCUGCCACUCAAUGCUCCACGUUUCCUCGAGCACCAUGCACGAUCAUGGUAAAUGAAUUCAAAGUGACGUACCUGGAUCAAUGUAAGUUUCUGGGAAACUACCCACCUACCCCUCCCCUACUUGUUAUUAUUAUCUUAUCAUUAACAUUCUUCUUCUUAAUUAUUAUUAUUGUUAUCAUUAUUAUUAUUAUUAUUAUUAUUAUUGUUAUUACUUAUUAGUUAUUAUAACAGCAAUUGACCGCCCAUUCUUCAGUGCCUCAUUUAUCUAUUAAGUAAUUUUACUUUCUGUUCAAACAAGGAAAUGCCGCCUAACAGAAACGUUAUUUGAUGACUUUAAGAUAUCUUCUUAUGAUUUAUCCUAUUAUGUGUUGAUGAAAAUAACAAUUAAUAACUAUUAUAAUUAUUUAUAAUUAUUACUAUUAAAUUAUUAUUAUUGUUUGUUUGUUUGUUCCUUGCUCUAAGGUGCAUGUGACCCUCACUUUUUUUUUUUGACUUCUAGCGAGCAAAGUUCACUAAGAUGAAUGUCUGGGUGCAUUACAUUUACUGGUCAAAGAAAUACCCUCAAAAUCCAGACAAUCCUAUAUGCAAAGCAGUGGUCAUUGAAUAG